UUCCUUGGACGCUCGCACCUUAAGGAGACCGAGGCACGCGCCUGCAUGAGUGCGGGAGCCGCAGCCGUGGCAGGACCGACGCGGUUCAGCAGGAAGCGAGGCUCGGACAGACCAGCCGACCCCGACAGAGACAAAACACUUCGGACGGGCGGCGGAGGCAAGGACAAAGAGAAGGGCGGCAAAGGCAAGGCGACGGACGGGCAGCUCUCCAACGCGAUGGCUCGGCUCGUGCUGGCAAACACCAGGGACCUCGCCGACAUGUCUUCCAUCAUGUACGAGCGCUAUGCCAUCAACACCAGCGCGGGCAUCGUAAAAGGCGAUGAUCGAGGGAGGCAAAGCAUACGAGGCGGACUCAAAAGGUAUGCGAGCAGAGGCCGCGAAGGGCAACGCAGUGGAUUGGAAGGCGAGGGGCCCUCCGUUCGUGCACGUAUUCAUGGCGGCCUGCUCCUACAUCGCGGACAAAAAGGAGAAAAUGACGGACCCCACCUCGACGGAUCGCGAGCAGGCCAAGAUAUCGAAGGAGAUGAAGGAGUUCUUCACCGACAAGUUAGAGAAGAUAAACGUAGAGGAGACGGCCGACCUCAUCAUGUACUUCCGAGUACGCAUGCAGAAGAAGUUCGAGGGCCAGGAGCAGAAGGCCACAGUUCUGAUCAGGUUCAAUCCGAGCAACCCGCUCACGCCAGCGAUCGCCAACCACAUUCUGAGGACCAUCGAGAUCGAGGGCGGGACCAAGCUGCGAGGGGCAGCCCCGCGGGGGCCCUUGGAGAGAGAGAGAGAGAUCUCGAGGCUGCUCUGAGACGGCAGGUAGACCACAUGAGCAGCAGUCGGCGCCUGGCGGAAUUGAUUGAGCGUGGCAUUGUGAACCCAAUUGUUGUAAGCAGCGCUUUCAGUAGCAGCGUAUCGACUUAUAACAACCCUGCCUUGCCUGCGCGUCCCGUGGUGAUAAUGCCUUCUCGCACGCGUCACGGGAGCCAGGCUAAAGGCAAGAAGGG